GAUCCACUGACAACCACUCCCAGCACCGCACCGCAUAGCUUCUAGAUCCAAUUUGCAGAAUAAGUUUCCUUUGAUAUCAACUAUCUUCUAUCUACUCUGCAAAUUAUGCCUUCUCAAGCCGACGACAAGCGCCAGGCCGCGCGCGAAGUCAUCGACAUUCUUCACGAUAUCUCAACGCUCCUCAAUACGCAUCUCGAUCGGACAGAGCUAUCCCUUUGCGUCUCGCUAAUCGAGAACGGCGUCAAUCCGGAAGCGCUGGCGACUGUGAUCAAAGAUCUUCGAAGGGAGGCAGUUGCUCAAGGGCGCUAUCCAGACGAGCAGAUCAUGCAGGAGUAAACGUUAUAGUGCUGUACUUGGUUGGAAUGCCUGGAUGAUUAGGUGCUUAUAGGUUGGAUCUUUGGCGUUCAUCGGUUUGGCUUGUUAUUUUUUCUACGAUAUAAGAUACCCUUACUUUUUGUUGCAGUUGUGCACACAGGCCACUGGUUAUAAUAUUCCUUGUAUUAAAUAAAAUAACGGGUUCGACUGUCUCCCAGGG